CGCCGACCUACCAAUUUUGCUCUCCCCCUCUCUCAAUUCUCUCUCAGAACACCUUUGUAAAUCUCCGAUUUUGCAAAAUUCAACCGUCCGAUCGUCGAUCCGACCACGUUUUCACCGUGAAAGUGGCCCCGAUCUACAAGUAGCUCUUACAGGGACAGAUAUCAAACCAACUCAACUUCUUGUAACAAAAAGGUGAGAAUAAGCGAAUUCCAGUGCCUGUGUUCUUCAGGUGCAGCAAUGGAUGAUGACAAAGUAAUAAAGGGUGACAAGCUCAUUUUGAGAGGCUUGAAGUUUCAUGGAUUUCAUGGGGUAAAACCCGAAGAGAGGAAACUAGGUCAGAAGUUCCUUGUAGAUGUCGAUGCCUGGUUAGAUCUUUGUGAGGCUGGUAAAUCUGACAAUUUGUCCGACACCAUCAGUUACACUGAGAUUUACCGCAUAGUGAAAGAAGUUGUGGAGGGAGAAGCUCAAAAUCUUCUGGAGUCUGUGGCUCACCUCAUUGCUUCCACGACAUUAACAAAGUUCCCUCUCAUAUCAGCCGUCCGUGUUAAAGUUGGAAAGCCUCAUGUAGCAGUCCCCGGUCCGGUUGACUACCUUGGAGUAGAGAUCCUCAGACGUAGAGAAGACAUACAAAAUUGAGUUUUACAACAUCACAAGCCAUAAACAUUCCGAGCUUUAUCCUAUUAAAUUGUGUCAGCUGACUGCCGAAAUUUUGCUGCACGUCAUUCAGUCUUUUGCAGUCGUGGUUUCUAUGUUCAACUACAACUAGGUUGGAGCUUCGCGUCUUGAAGUUAAUGACCAAUUGACUACGUGGUGUAGAGGGCCUUAAAAGAUAGGGCUAUCCUUUUCUCUUCUUCACUUUUCCCUUUUCUAUUAUGAGCAUCUAUCUUACUUGUAUUUAUUUGGCCAUUGUUGGUAGGUAGGUUGUGAUACUUGAAAGCAUGGCCGCCUUGUAUGUGACAAAUCCUAUAUGUUUGUUUGAUUUGAUUUGAAUCGACUGGUGAUUCUGCUAGUAAAAACUUGUUAUCACA